UGUUGUGCACAUCUCAGCUGGCAAACAUUUAAAAGGGAGACAGUCCGGCGCUGGAGCAAUUUGUAUUAAACCCCCUGGCCCCUGUCUAUGGAGUGGUUAGUGUCCCACCCAUCCACAGCCCCACCAGCGUACAGUCGACAGCAGUAGGUGCCUAUCAGUUUGGAAGGUGGCGCAGAGGACUGACGGGAUCAGAUCAUCGCACUUGUAGCAGCAGAGGCUCGCACAGGAUGGCCAACUCAACGCGUAUCUUCUGCAGUAUGGUUUUCAUCAUGGGGUUGCUAUCCUCUCCCGUGGAUUCCAAAAGAAACCGAGGUUCACAAGGGGCCAUUCCUCAUCCUGACAAAAGCAACCCAAACGAAUCGGAGCAGCAACCGCAGCCUCCGCAGGCGGGCUCUGGGUCCCGGCAGAGGCAGGUCCCAUCCUCACCGGCCGACGAAGUGCUGGAGUCCAGCCAGGAAGCUUUACAUGUGACGGAGCGCCAGUAUUUAAAACGGGACUGGUGCAAGACUCAGCCCCUCAAGCAGACCAUCCACGAGGAGGGCUGCGUCAGCCGCACCAUCAUCAAUCGCUUUUGUUACGGACAGUGCAACUCCUUUUACAUCCCCAGGCACAUCCGCAGGGAGGAGGGUGCCUUCCAGUCCUGUUCUUUUUGCAAGCCGAAGCGUUUUACCGCCAUGACUUAUACUUUGAACUGUCCGGACCAGCAGCCACCCACCAAGAAGAAACGCAUCCAGCGCGUCAAACAGUGCCGCUGUAUAUCCAUAGACCUGGACUAAAGAAAUGUGUUCUGCGUGUUUUUCAUAUUCUUAUUCUUCGCGGACAGGAUUGUUUGUAGAAAAAAAAAUAUAGGCUGUCACACAGCCAUGAACACGUGCCUGUCUCCAUCGGAAGAAGCAUCCAUGAAGGCUUCUUACAUUUAGGCCACGAAGAUUCUCUUCUUGCACAAAGUGUGAACAAAUAUGGACAUGCAACCUAUAAUCCGACGUUGAACGGCAACGAACAUUUUACUCCUCACCAGUUUGCAAAGUUUGAAAUCAAGCAUCACUGCACGGGAACGCUGACUUGGAAUGGGCACGUUUUACGCACGGCUUCCUCACCCCAAGAGGACUGAAUAACCCCGGUUUAUUUAAUAAAUCGAAACGCUUAUGGUGACAGGAAAACAUUCCUGUCCAAUUUAGUAUUUGUGUGUGCAUAUGUAUUUGUUUAACUGGAUGUUUCCACUGUGUGGAAUUUGAUAGAUGAGCGGUUAUAUUUGUGAAUGGAAAAUGUGUUUUUAUUUCGACAUUUCAAGAACCUUUCAAGGUUGAUUGAUUUCUUUGAAUUUCGAAGUCCACCAGUAAAGUUUUUUCUUUGUAAAUUGGGUGCCUACACAGUUGUAGAGACAAUAUAGGCUUCUAUGUUAGUUAAAACAAACUAUGUACAGCGGUGGUUUAUACAGUAUCGAGAUUAAAUAGUUGUAAAAUGUAAAGCCACCUUUGAUGUAACCGGUUUGUUUAUCCUUUGAAUUAAA